AUGGGUUUCAUGUUAUUCUUACUCACUUUGGGAAUCCUCUUCAACUCUGCCAGAGCUCACGUUGCAUUCGAGCGUGGUAUCAAAUCCUGCACAAACAUCAAACCAUCACACGUCCCUGGCGCUGAAAUCAUCUCAAUUGAAAGCGAAGAAAAACACAACUUCACCGUCUUCGCUAGCUCACCAUUUCUUCUUCAAGAUAUCUCCAACCUUAGCGUUUGUGAAGUGAACGUCACUCUCACCCGUACCAACGCAGUUGAUAAAGUUCUUCUUCAGAUAUGGCUUCCGUUGAAUAACUGGAACGGACGAUUCAUGGCAGUGGGAGGAAGUGGAUGGGCAGCUGGCCUUGGUGACCUCUCGCUUGCACCGGUAGUUGCACAGGGGUUUGCAGCAGCCUCCACAAAUGCUGGUCUUUCAGGAGAUCCCGUCAACCCAGGCCUUUGGGCACUAAAGGAUAACGGGAAAGUCAACUGGGAUCUGUUGACGAAUUUUGGGUCGCGUUCAGUGCAUGACUUAGCCAUUGUUGGGAAAGCUACUACCGCGAAGUAUUAUGGAGUAGCGGCGAAAUACUCCUACUGGAAUGGUUGUUCAACCGGGGGUCGGCAAGGGCUUGUGGCUGCCCAAAAGUACCCCAAUGAUUUUGAUGGUAUCUUAGCUGGCUCGCCUGCUAUCAACUGGGUAGAAUAUGUUGUCGCAGAACACUGGCCUCAGGUUGUCAUGAAUGAAGCGAGGGCUUUCCCUUCCCCGUGCGAGCUGGAUGGUGUUGUGCAAUCUGCGGUUGCUGCAUGCGAUGAGCUUGACGGAGUCAAGGACAACGUCGUCACAAAUCUCGCCCAAUGCAAAUUCGAUCCUUUUAAAGCAGUUGGAUCGAAAGUUCAAUGUGAUGGGAAGGAUGUUACUAUCACACAAUCGGUUGCCUCGAUCGUCAGCAAAAUUUGGGAUGGUCCGAAAACAACUACUGGGGCUCAUCUCUGGUACGGCCUGCCAGUUGGUGCUCUGAUGGAUUACCUCGCAAACUCGACAUUUGUCAACGGUACUCGUGUUGGCAAUCCUUUCUUUGUUAGUGACACCUGGAUCCGAUAUUUCCUCGAGGCAAACCCAAAUUUCGACUCCUCGAGUGUGAACUCAGCAGAGUUGUCAGUACUGUUUUCCGAAUCAUCAAGACGAUACGCCGAGGCGAUCGAUUCCGCUUGCCCUGAUCUUUCCGGACUUCGAAAGUCGGACGGGAAACUUCUUGUGUGGCACGGGGAAGCAGAUCCCAUAAUCUUCCCGCAAGGCACGAUCAAAUAUCGCCAAAAUGUGGAAAGGGCAUUGGGGGGAGCCGCCAAAGUGGAUAAUUUUUUCCGUCUCUUUCUUGCUCCUGGGGUUGAUCACUGCGGGCAGGGUCUAACUCCUGGGGCCAUUCCUUCUGAUCCAUUGGGGGCAUUGGUGUCUUGGGUAGAAAAGGGAAUUGCUCCGGAUAUGCUGACUGCAGAAACAUCUCCGAAUGCUCCAGCACACUUCACUCGGAAGAUCUGCCGAUAUCCUUUAGUGUCCAAAUAUCGCGGCUAUGGAGAUCCCACCUCUUUGGCAAGUUACAAUUGUGUUGAAGGUUAUUGA